AGCCGAGCCGAGCCAGCCUCCACACAGCCCUGUUCAUUUCCAGGCCGGGUAGGACCCCAGCAACAAUACUGCGAUCGGUUCAACCUGUGAAGAUUGGGCUUUACAAUCGCCAUCCAUCCUUUGAUUAGACAACAUUUUGUGGAAAUAUAUCACUGUCAUUGAUCAGAAGGUACACCAAGUCGUUGAAUCGAAUCAGAAGGCACUGGGAAGAGGCGCAAAGAAAAAUUUCCAUACUCGAUGACAUUACAUCGCAAUGUCCGAUCGUUUGGGGCAAAUAACCAAGUCCAAGGAUGGGAAAAGCAAGUAUUCCUCACUCAGCCUUUUUGACAAGUACAAGGGAAAAUCAAUAGAAACUCAGAAAAACGCAGUAGUUCCGCGACAUGGCUUACAGAGUCUUGGCAAAGUGGCCACAGCCCGGCGCAUGCCCCCACCUGCUCACCUGCCGAGCUUGAAGUCAGAAAACAAAGGAAACGAUCCCAACGUGAUUAUUGUGCCUAAAGACGGUACAGGAUGGGCGAACAAGCAGGAACAACCCGAUCAAAAGAGUUCUAUUGCAUCAAUACCACAGCUGCCGGAGUUGCAGCCACAGCCGGCUUUACAGAAAUCUGUCUCCAAUCUUCAGAAGCCCUCACCGGUAGCCAACCAGGAGAACACAAACACAGGUGGACCAAAGCAAUGGGCCCAGCUAAAUGGAAAGGCAGUAGAGCAAGAUGGUUUAAGGGCCUCAAACCGACUUCAGCCCUUCUCUCACGAGGAAUUUCCCACGCUGAAGGCAGCUGGAGAACAGGACAGGGCUGGCAAGGAAAGAAGCGGCUUCGAUCCGUCGUAUGGGCCCGGACCAAGCCUCCGCCCCCAGAAUGUGACGAGCUGGAGGGAAGGUGGUGGCAGGAACCUUCAACCCUCAUCCCUGACCCUCGGCCUGCCAGCAGAUCCUGAGGGUAAGAUCACUGCCCUGGGUGAGACUGGCACCCCUCCAGCCUCAUCUCACCCCUCCUCUACCACCGGCACAACCUCUUCUAGCGUAGUGACGGCUCAGUCUCCAGUCCUUGACCCCAAAGAGCCUUCCCUGCGACCCGCCCAGCCUGUCCGCAGAACAACCGUCCCUACUGCCCUGCAGUACCAGCUUCACCACACCUCGACUGCUGUCUACCAUGACAUGUUGCCUGCAUUUAUGUGCUCCAAAGAGACACGUGAAGCUCCAGGUACAGACCAUGUUCCUACCACCGUUGCAGCCCCAGCCCGAUUUGAAAGCAAACCCGCAUUUAGGCAGAGCUACGCCAAACCCGAACUCGUCAAUGGUGAUGUGAAAAGAGAGAACCGCUUUGUUCGCGCUCCACCUCGACUCACUUCUCAGCCCAUCCGCAGGCCUGGUGACAGACCACAACGACCCGCCAUCAUUAAUCCAGAGGACCUGAAGGAUCUGGAUGAGCUUGACAAUGACUGUGAGGAUGGAUGGGCUGGACUCCAUGAGGAAGUCGAUUAUAGUGAGAAGCUCAAGUUCAGUGAUGACGAGGAUGACCAUGGUGAAAAAAACAAGAUGUGGACUGAGUGGGAGAGGGAGAGGGAUAGAGAGAUCCAGCGUGACUGCCAGUCCUCCCUAAGUUCAGGUGAGGCGUCUUACCCCCAGGAUGGCCCAGAGGAGAGUUAUUCUUACCAACAUCACCACCAUGAGCCUCCUAGGAAGACCAACGGCAGAUAUAUCUCUACAGACGCCCCGGCCCAGCAGAAAAACCAAGGUGAGCCACUGGCUGACCAGGAAGAUCACCAGCGCCAAUCCCAGUCUCAGGGACCGGCUAGGGCAAAGUAUGUGUCACCUGAGUUGUCUGAGGCUGUUGAGAGGGCCCGCAGGCGCAGGGAAGAGGAAGAGAGGCGUGCCCGCGAGGAACGACUGGCUGCCUGUGCUGAAAAACUCAAAAAGCUGGAUGAGAAGUUUGGGAAGACUGAAAGGCAGAUGUCAAGGACGGAUGAGGGUCAGAAAGAGGGAGAUGGUAAAGAAGUUCCACUGUCCCCAAACAGGGAGCAGAGUAAAAGCCACCACGAGAACUGGCAGUACAGCACAAAAGAUAUAAAUGACGGUGGCCCUGACAGCUCUCCUGGUCAUAGUUACCGUGAGGAACCUGGCUUCUCUAACUACCGGGGCAGUGAGGAUGAUGGCCAGGAGCCAUCUUCCCCCUCAGGAGAAUACAGUGCACGUCAUCCCUCCAAACCCGUCCCACCCCGCUUUCAAAAGCAGCCACAGCACCACCAGCAGCAGCAGCAGCAGCAGCAGCAGGUGCAGGAACAAGUAUACAAGAUGCAGCACUGGCAGCAGUCAGGUCACCCUGCCCCAUCUGGGUCAAGCCAUGCCCAGCGGGGCUACUAUCCCCCACAUGUACUUGGGUUUGAUCCCCGCUGGAUGAUGAUGCCACCAUUCAUGGAUCCCCGCAUGGCCCAAGGACGAUCUACUGUGGACUACUACUCUGGUGCUGUCCACUCUUCAGGAAUGAUGAAACCCAUGAUGCAUCAAGAUCACUUGAACAGCCCUGGUUCCGAUGAGGGAUGCCAUCCCAACCUUCACCAGGAAAGAAGAGCCCCUUCCACUGAGCCUUAUCCUAUGUGGAACCAAGACGGCUACCCUUUGCGCAGCUUCACUCCACCCUACCAGAGGCAGCAUGAAAGUUCAGAUAAUGGCCAGCCAGAUGACAGAAGUGAUAUGACCUGCUCCCAACAGGAUUCUUAUGAAGAGAGGUCCAAUGAAUGCUUGACUCACCCCCAAGAUGAUCUCCCCCAUCACGCUUACCAGAGUCGAGGCCCUGACAGAGAACACCAACACCAUGACCAAGGCUUGUUGACCACUGCUCAGAACCACUCCCAGAAUCAUGCAGAUAGUGACUACCCAAAACAAGACUCCAGAGACAAGCAUCUGAAAGACGGCCCUGAAUCUCAUGAUGAGAGCUUAGAUGGCUCCAAGGACAAUUGGAAAAGAGAUGGAGGCCAGAAACAAGACGGAGGACUUAAUGCUCAAAGUCAGUGGUCUGAACCCAGUUCCAGUUCUAGUAGUAGUGUCAGCCAGCCAUCUGAGACCAGUGGGCGCUCUUUGACUCGCAGAACUGGGCCCAUCAAGAAACCUGUCCUUAAGGCUCUCAAAGUGGAAGACAAGGAGAAUGAGAAGCCCAAACCUGAGCCUGAGGAGAAGACUGUCCCUUACCGCCUGGAGAAAGAAGUCCUUACUAAUGUUUACGACCUGAAGAAAGAUAACCAGCCUGCCAGCAACAGGCGUUCAGCCUCACCGGUUGUUGAGAAACAGCCUGAAGAACGGCAGCGCCAGUCACCAGCUCCCACCAAAACAGAGAGGCCCCUGAGCACCCACAGUGACGACUCUCCCAAGGAGAGCCCCUGGGACAGUGGUAAGAGCCAGUCACCUAGAGAUAGCCAGGAAAACCGAGAGCCCCAUGCACCACGGCGCAAUAACUGGAUCUUCAUUGAUGAGGAACAGGCCUUUGGUGCUGUCAGAGGAACAGGUAGAGGCCGCAGUCGAGGCUUUAGGGACUUUAACUCUAGAGGUGGAACCCGUGGUGGCCGAGGUGGAGACAAUCUCAGAGGGGCUUAUAACAACACUAACAACAGCAGUGGUGCUCAACGCACAGGCAGAGGCAGAGCACCACCAAGGGACCUUGUCAAGGUGGAGGAUUUCCAGAGGGGCAAGCCCCGGAGGCGAAAUGUCAGUGAGACCUUGAGCGAAGCCUCUGAAUAUGAGGAACUGCCCAAAAGGCGCCGCCAGAAGGGAUCUGAAAAUGGAGAAGGUUACUCAGAGUCUGGAGAUAUCCGUAAAGCUGAUAGAGACUCUUGGCGAUCCAACAAGGUGUACACAGAUGACCAGUCAGCCCCAGAUUCCAGAGAGAAGUCCAAGUCCAACAGGGGCUUUGGAGGUCGUAUGUUGCCUCCCAGACUGAACACCACUGGAAGUUACAAUCGAAACUUUGGAGGUUCCAGGGACAUUUCUACAUGGAGAGGCCGUGGACCACAGUUUAAUAGUGGUGGCUCCAUGCAAGAAAAUGGUUACGGUCCUGGAGCUGAGACUACCUACUCCCGCCGACCCCCUGUUGAACGUGAUACUCUAAAGUACCCCCCUAAAUUCACUGGCACCUUCAUGGAAAAUGGCACAGAGGAACGUGACGGAGAAUACUACUUUGACAAUGACAACCCUGACAGGCAGAUGUUAAGGAGGCGACGUCCACCCCGUCAAGACAAGCCUCCACGCUUCCGUCGUCUACGACAAGAACGCGAACCUGGCUCAAACCAGUGGACAAGUGAGGAGUACAUAAAUGGAGACUUUGCAAACCCCUGGCCUGGUCGCACCAAAGGCACUGGGGAAGACAACUGGCCCAGCGGCCACUACUCUGGUACGCGCUCUAACCAACACGGUCAGACAGAGGAAUGGGAGACGGGUUCAGACAACAGCGACUUUGGUGACUGGAGAGAGAAGCGAGGUGGAAGUGGGGGCGCGACUACCCAGGGACACGGUGAUGUUCCCUCAGACUCCGGCCAUAGUGAACCAGGCUCUGGCGAGAAGAGGGAACUUUGCAAGAGAAGCUUCUCCAGCCAGAGACCAUUAGUAGAACGGCAGAACAGGAAAGGAGAGCCAUCACUGAUGGAAGCAAACAAGAUGGCGCGUACACCUGAUAAUCCCCCUACCACCUCCUCUAACAGGAGUGACAGUUGGCAGAAUGGAGGGACAUCUUGUAAAAGCAGGGGCCCAGAUGAGACAGGCCCAGUCUACAGCAUAGAGCAGCCGGAGGAGAGGGAGCCCAAUGAGCCCUCUGGGAAGAAAUUAGACAAGGAGCUGAAGCAAGGGCCUGUCAAGACAGACAUAACUGAACCUCUGUCCCAGUAUGAGCUCAGCAGCUACCCAAUUGAAGGGGACACAGGAGCACCAGUUUCGAAUCCAGAUGGAUACCAGGAUGCCUUGUCCAAAAAGCAAAGGCGCCCACAGGAAGACGAGAGGAGGAGGAAGGAACAGGGAGCUGCUGUGCCAGUGAAGAGCAGGACUAUCACAUCCAAGAUACCACCACGCUUCGCCAAAAAGCAGGGAAGCAUGAGCAUUGAACAACCCGAGGAAGCACUGUCUUCUAACAACCUGGGAACUGAAAUCUGGGAGACUAACAGCUCAGCUCUUUCAGUACAGUCUUCAGGGGGAGACUCGUGGACUAAACAGGUGUCUUACACUGGGAGCGAGCCCAACUCUGAGGACUCUGAUGCUGGCCCAGAGCAGAGCAAAGAACAGCACAAACCGGGGCCCAUCGGAAACGAACGCUCCCUAAAGCACCGCAAGGGCUCAGAAGGUGUUGACAGGCUGGAGGGCGGGCCCAUCACACCAGUCAAUGGUGUUGACCUCCAUGUGGACACUGUGCUGCCUGUGCCUCCUAUUGAGUUUGGUGUCAGUGCCAAAGACUCUGAUUUCAGCCUACCACCAGGCUCCACUCCAGUGCCCGUCUCCAAUCCUGUAAAGCUUCAGGAUGCACUUACCACCAAUACGGCUCUUAAUCAGAGUAUCCCCAUGCUGCGUUCGAACCACCUGCAGCCUGGCAUCAACCUCAACCCCAUCUCCUUCCCCAGUGCUGACCUCACUCUCAAGAUGGAAUCAGCACGCAAGGCGUGGGAGAACUCCCAGUCUCUCCCUGAGCAGGGCUCGCCUGGCGGAGGCGCUUCAGGUGUUCAGCCUCCCUGCAGCGUUGGCUCAUCCAGCGGCGUCAGCUACAGUUCUUUUGGAGGGGUUUCCAUGCCUCCGAUGCCUGUGGCAUCAGUAGCACCGUCCAUGUCGAUGCAAGGUAAUCAUAUUCCUCCGUUGUAUCUGGAUGGUCACGUCUUUCCAAGCCAGCCACGCCUUGUACCUCCCACCAUGACCCAGCAGCAGACCUACCAACAGGCGGCUGCAGCCCAGCAGAUUCCCAUCUCUUUGCACACGUCUCUUCAGGCUCAGGCUCAGUUGGGACUUCGGGGAGGUCUACCCGUCUCUCAGUCCCAAGAGAUGUUCAACUCUAUUCCCCCCUUCAGGUCCCAGGUUUACAUGCACCCCAACCUGUCACAGCCCAGCCCCAUGGUGCUGUCGGGCGGAGCCCCUCUCAAGGGACCCUACUCUGCUUUCCCUGGCAUGCAACCCUCAGACAUGGUCAAGUCACAGUCAGGCUCACACUAUCAGCCUAUGAAUGGCAGCCAGCAGCUGGUCUAUGACAGCCAGAUGAACCAGGGGCCUGGUAUGGGUUCUUCCCAGCUGAUGGACUCUCAGCUCAUCCAGGUGACCAUGCCCCUACCUGGCUCUCAGUUGCGCUAUGGCUCAGCUCAGCAACAUCUCAUCCUCCCCCAGUCCAUCCAGCUGCAGCAGGGACAGAACCUGUCUGUCGGUGCCCCACGCCGAAUGCUGCCACCUGGCUCCCAGCAAGCUGUCAUGACCGGAAGCCGAGAGGGCUCGCAGAUGGAAAUGAAAGGCUUUCAGUUCUCUGACAAGUCCAAUCAUUCCCCAGGCAUAUCUGCAGGGUCCUACAGGCCUGGGUCUGCCAGCCCCAGUGGGAAGCCCUCUGGUCCUGGGGGGCCUGUAGGCCCUCUGCCUACACAUUUUGCCCAACAGGUCCCACCUGGUCAGGGUAGCAUGGUGAUGCACAUGCGACCCCCCACCACAGGCCCUUUCCCCAACCCCAUUCAGAGACCAGUCAUGCAGGUCAGCAAACCUGUCAUCAUCCGCUCCCCCCCUUACCCCAAUCCUGGCCGCGACCCUCCCCACUCCACCCCUCCCUCCGCCCCCGAGCCCCCUGUCAAAGGGCCAGAGGAUGGCAUGAAGAAUAAAACCAUGAGAGAAGUGCGCAAAGCAGUGGGCGAGGGCAAGACACCAUCCGGGGGCAUGACCAGCAAACUCCAGGAGCCCCUACCCUCCACAGGGCAAGCCAAACCAGCACGCACUGGAGCCAUCAAACCCCAGGCUGUCAAAGUAGAGGAGGGCAAGGCGUAACAAUGGACCUUAAAAUCCUCAUCACCGCCCAGCCUGCCAACAGAAAGCCCCUUGACCAAUACCUGAGCCUGCUAAGACCCACCUUAUCUCAAGGCACCAAGGCAUGGGGCAUACAUGCAGACAUCAUAAUGAAUUACUCCUCUUGAACUGUCAGAACUGGACAUUAUUAUUUCACACCACGUAUAGAGAUAUAUAAAUAUAUAUAAAUAUAUACAUAGACACAAACAGUCUUUUAAGCAGAUCUCUUCAAGGUCCUCUUUAAUUUAUUAUUAGUCACUUUUAAGGAGAGAUUGGUAUAGAGAAAAGAUAUUUGUUUUUCGUGUUUCUCUCCAAGGUGGGGAAAAGGAAAGUGGCCAACUCCGACAGAUGGUUCAUUUUUCAUACCAUUUUGCCAAACUGUAUUUACUCCCUGUUUAUGGACUGUAGCCCUUAACACCAAGCAGACACUUGAUAUAACUCAUUAUGAGAAGCAAAGUCUGUUCAAUUUUUUAAAACAAAUUUGAAAUGCAGCGGGGCACUUUUCUUUUUUCUUUUUUUUUUUUUUGUCAUAUUUCAUUGGAAUUUUUGCUGGUAAAUAAAAUGUUCAAGUCAUCACCCAUUCCUCCACUUGGUAAAGGACUUCUUUUAUUAACCCAGAAAAAAAAAAACCCUCCAAUCUGUGGACAUCAUUGCAUGUCAACAUAACAAAAGUCAAGUGCAUCACCCUAGAAAUGCAUCUUCUGGGGUACUUCACCAAGCCCAUGAACUGUGGUGAAACUGCUUAGAUCGGUAGAAAUUGUUUCUUUUCUUAAAAAAAAAAAAAUGUUCUUUGCUUUUACAUUCUGUCACUCGCUCUCUUCUGUAUGUAAAUUUAAACAUAAAAGGUGGACAUUUUACCAAAAUCAUGUUGCUUCCAUGGGAAACUUCACUGGCAUUGAUAACAGCGUGUGCAUGUGACCUGCUGGACGUGUGUAAACUCGCAGAACUCCUGCCUAGAACCUAGCAACAUUUCACAAAGACUGUACCUGAAAUCAGCAUUUCAUAGUGCUGCCGUCGACUGUGUGGAUUUUGAUCAACCAAGCUGGCAACAAUUUUUUUUUUUUUCCCGGGCGGUCUGGAGGGGUGGGUGGGGUCUCAUUUGUGAAGUUAUGUGUGGUGGAGAGGGGCCACAUUCACAAUUGCUGUAAAGGACCCCCUUCCAAAAAAAAAAAAAAAUAGCUGAUUGAGAUGUUUGCUUUCUUAUCGCUUUAUUUGGGUUGUAAUUAAUCAAAUUGUCUGUUGAUGAACAUGUGAUGUAAGUGAUGAAUUUUUUUUUUCACGUCCCUCAGCCUGGGGCGUUUUUUUUUUUUUUUUUUUUCUUUUUAAGGCAUUUGAAAGACUUCUCUCUCUAAUUCCGUUUAAAAUCCCACUUAACAGUAACUGUGGAGAAUUCUGAAGACACGGACUCAUCCACAUUUGAUUAUUCAGCAUCUGGUCUCUGAGGUGGCACUAGCAAUAACUGCAGCCUAACUAUAAUCACAAUCAGGGUCCAAAUAACUUUUUUUUUUUUUUUUCUCUGUUAAAGCUAAUGAUCACAAACGAGGGGCGUUUAGCAUUGCUUGUUGAAUUUAAAAAAAAACGCUCUUUACUUAGAUUUUUUUUUUUUUUUGUGAGCACUGCAGUUCCAGUGGACUACGAAGGACUUUUAAAGUGUUUGUUCUAUUUGAAAAUGUGAAGCUGUUGGAAUCCUCAUUUUAUUUUGUUCUUUUUUGUAACGGACACUCGUUUUGAAACUCACAAUGCCAAUGUCAUAACUGGUUAAAUGUUACUGCUUACCAUAACGCUCCAUGACACUACAAAAUGUUACGAUUUAUCUUUAUGACAGUGUUUCACUGGUAUAUAUGUAUAUGCAUACUUAACUGUACAGUCGAGCCUUGUCGGCGAGAAGAGGCUUAUACCCACAUUUCAUUUUUAGAUAUUGUGGCACUAUAAAGGAUUUAACGUUGAAAAGGUCACUGUGUUCUCAGAAUGGACUGCUUUCACUUGUUAGGUUUAUCGGGCUUGGAGUGUUUUGCCUCUCAUCCCUUACUGCAAAAGAUCUUGAUGCUUCUCAUCAUUGUACCUGCACCAAAAUGUUGCCCUGACUUUUUUUGUACUUUUAAGAUGCAUAUUUCAUUUUGUCAGAGGACCAGUGCUUUCUACAGCUGAUCCAGCAUUCUAUUUAUCCUACCUGAUCUUUAUCCUUUCAGAUAUUUGGUCAUUAUUCUCCCUUGUUAAAAAAAAAGAAGAAAAAAAAGAGCUUAUUGAAAGAAAAGAAAUAAAGCAGUUGUGAUUUCUUAAAUGUACUGUUGAUUCUGUAUUCUCACUUUGUCAUAUUAAAAUCAUGCAUCAAA